GUGACAUAACUGUCAGGCAACAUGGCGGCGUCCGUGAGGUUGCUUGUCCGUCAAGCGAUCCGACUUUCUCAUAGAAACAUCACCGUUACAGCCACCGGUGUUUCUGCUCGGCCGCCCUGUCGAUGUUUCAGCGAAUCAGCUGAAGAAAGAAGUACGCAUUUUGGUUUUGAGACCGUGCCGGAAGCAGAGAAGGCGAAAAGAGUAUAUAAAGUGUUUGAGAAUGUGGCACAGAAGUAUGACAUAAUGAAUGAUGCCAUGAGUUUGGGGAUUCAUCGACUGUGGAAGGACAUGCUGCUGCACGCGAUGCAUCCGCAGCCUGGUGCUCGGCUCCUGGACGUGGCGGGUGGAACAGGUGACAUUUCUUUCCGUUUCCUGGAGUACGUUCGUUCUCAGCGGGAGCGGCAACAGAGGCGGGCGGUACGCUUCGGCCAGACAUUGUCAUGGCAGGACAUUUCCAACAGCUACUCCACGAUAGAGACGGACGGGCCCCGGGAGUCAACGGCUGUGGUCUGUGACAUCAACAAAGAGAUGCUCAAAGUGGGAAAGGAGAAGGCUGAGAGCUUGGGCAUCACUGCUGGUCUAUCAUGGGUGGUUGGAGACGCAGAGGAACUGCCCUUUGAUGAUGACCAGUUUGAUAUAUACACCAUCGCCUUCGGCAUUCGAAACGUUACUCAUAUAGAUCAGGCACUGCAGGAGGCUCUGCGGGUCCUGAAACCUGGCGGCAGGUUUAUGUGCUUAGAGUUCAGCAAAGUGACAAAUCCCCUGUUGGCGAGGCUUUAUGAUGCGUACAGUUUCCAGAUGAUCCCAGUGUUGGGAGAGGUUAUUGCUGGAGACUGGAAGUCCUAUCAGUACUUAGUAGAGAGCAUCCGCAAGUUCCCCAGCCAGGAGGAGUUCAAAUCCAUGAUUGAAGAUGCAGGUUUCUAUUGUGUGCAAUACUACAAUUUCACAGGUGGAGUGGUGGCUCUUCACUCUGGUUUCAAGCUGUGAGAUGCACUCCAAAUGCCUUCUGUAAAAUAUCGAAUAAGUAAAAAGUCUGGCACAGAGUUUUCAGACUUGGAGUUUCUAGCUUGAGGCUUCAGAGUGCCUCCCCUCUGCUCAUUGCAGAAUGACCAAAGGUCAGAGGACAUUUAUUAAAUCCAGAGGAAUUAAUACGAAAACUGCUGUUAAUAGAUCUCAUUGUAUGUGUACUUGUACAAAUGGCAAGAUGACUUUUUUUUUUGGUAAUGUGUUUUUGUGAUGAAUAAAACCUACAAAAGCUAA